AUGUCAGACGAAGAAUAUGUGGCGGCCGGCGACAUUGCCGAGGAAGUCGAGCUUGACAACGACAUGGAGAUGGAGCCCGAGUUUGACGAAAACGAGGUCGAAAACGAAGUUGAAAUCGACGGCGAAAACGAUAUCGAAAACGCCGACUUGGACGACUUGGACGACACCAUCGAAAUCGACAUGUCCAACAACCUGUGGACGUACUUUGACCAGCACAAGGACUCGGUGUUUACCGUGUUUGCGCAUCCGUCCUUGCCCAUGGUCGUUUCGGGCGGCGGCGACAACACAGCAUACAUGUGGACCACCCACACGCAGCCGCCAAGGUUUGUGGGCGAGCUUUCGGGCCACUCCGAGUCGGUCGUGGCAGGCGCCUUCAGCGGCGACGGCCUGUUUGUGGUGACCGGCGACAUGGACGGCUACGUCCAGGUGCACAGGUCGUCCAAGGGCGGCCAGAAGUGGAGCCGCAUUGCCCAGUUGCACGAGGUGGACGAGGUGUUGUGGGUGUGUGUGCAUCCGCGGUUGCCGUACUUUGCCUUUGGCGCCCCGGACGGCCUGGUGUGGGUCUACAACGUGGACGGCCAGAGCGUGGAGCAGCAGAUGCUGGGGUUUGUGCACACGAUGGAGUGCAACGCGGGCGUUUUCCAGGACACGCCGUCCGAGGACGUGCUCCUGCUUGUGACGGUCGCCGAGGACGGCACGGUGGUGCAGUGGAACGGGUACACGGGGGCGGUUCUCCACAAGUGGGCGCACGACGACUUCCGCGGCGUCGACAGCCCGUGGGUGCUGUUGAAGGCGCACGAGAACGUGGUGGCCGUGGGCGGGCGCGACGGCCACUUGGCGGUGCUCAACUUGGCCACGGGCAAGGUGGUGCACCACGCGAAAACCAUGGACAAGGACGACGUGGCCGAGCUUCUGAUCGAGGCGUUGGCGUGGGGCCCGGGGCUCUUGGCCGUGGGGCUUGUUUCGGGCGACGUGCUUGUGUUUGACGCGGCCUUGUGGCGCCUCCGCCGAACCAUCCACGUGCCGGACGCCGUCACACGCCUUGAGUUUGUGGCAGGGCUGCCUGUGCUAGUGGCGCUGUGCAUGGACGGCAAGAUCUACCAGUGGGACGCCCGGACGGGCGCAGAGGGCUUUGUGGGCGUGGGCCACAACAUGGGCGUGCUUGACUUUGCCAUUUCGCAGGACAAGAUCGUCACGGCGGGCGACGAGGGCGUGUGCUUGGUGUAUAAGCCAGAAUGA